AUGCAUGACCUGAUAAAUACUUUUUUCUUUUCGCAAUCCACAGAAGGAGGAAGGACAGUCCACGACGAUGAACCCAAUGACGAUGAUAUAAUGGUUUCUUUUGCUGACUUAGAAUUCGAUCCUGAGGAGGAUAAUGUUCCCGACAUCAUGCUCAUGGCAGGUAAACAUUUCAAGAUCCUCAACAACAAACUAAAUUAUCUGUUACAGAUACAAGACGACACUAAGGGUCGAAAUUCUAUGUCUGCUGUCGAAGUGGUGUAUUUGUUAAAGUCGCAAGAGAGUCGUCUAAGGAGUAUGGUGGAAAACAUUGAAAAGCAACAAGACAAAAGAUUGAAAAUUCAUUCUGAUAAAUUUGAAUAUGAGAUUAAAAGCUUUGUGAUGCUGCGAAAGAGCGUCAUGAAAUUUUUGUGGAGCAAGUGA